AUGAGCUUCUGGGAACUUGUGGAGAAACCGUCCGUGCACGAAAUGGCUAAAACGCAAGAGAAAGGAGUUGGUGGAGGAAUUAACAAUGCCUGUACAAUGCACUGUAAUGUUGAUGGGGCUCUGAACUCAUUGAGCACUUCAAAAGAUGGAUCACAAGUAGUUGUGGCUGGUCGAAAUGUGUUUAAGGUCAUUGGCAUUGAAGAGUCUGGAUUUGUUGAAAAAACUAAUUUACGCUGUGGAAGGAUUAACUUGAACUUCAGCAUAACAGAUGUACAAUGGCAUCCAGUUGAUGAUCACAUUCUGGCUACUGCGGCUACUAAUGGAGCUGUUGUUCUUUGGAAUUUGAACAAAAUCACAAGACAGAAACAGGAGUUGGUAUUCAAUGAUCAUAAGAGAACUGUUAAUAAGAUUCAGUUCCAUCCUUUUGAAAAAGAUAUUUUGUUGAGUGGAUCUCAAGAUGGAACAAUGAAAUAUUUUGAUUUACGAAAACAAAGUGUUGCAUCAACCUUCUCUGGAAAAGCAGAAAGUAUACGUGAUGUUCAGUUUAGCCCAUUUGAUGGUCAGAAGUUUGCAGCUGCAUGUGAGAAUGGACAUGUUCAGUUGUGGGAUACCCGAAUGCCAAACUCUCCUUCAAAUCACUACAUGGGACACAAUGGGCCAACAUUUGCCAUUGACUGGCAUCCUGAAGAGAAGACCUGGGUGGCUUCUGCUGGCAGGGACAAAAUGGUUAAGGUAUGGGAAGUCUGUGGUAAAGAGCACCUUAUGCAUACCAUUCAAACCAUAGCUUCUGUGGCUCGCAUUAAGUGGAGACCGCAGAGAAAAUAUCAGAUUGCAAGUUGCUCUCUUCUGGUGGAUUUUGAUAUCCAUGUUUGGGACAUCAGAAGACCUUAUAUACCAUACGCAUCUUUUGGUGAACACAAGGAUGCUGUAACAGGUAUACUCUGGCGGCAGACACUCCGUAACAAAGACCCGUUUGUAUUCUUGUCAUGCGCGAAAGACUCCAUGUUAUAUCAACACGUGUUCAGUGACGCUCAACACCCAGCUGAACAUGCCCCUCGGGUGGGACUGUCAAUCAAUGUCAAUGGUGACAUAAGUGUAGCAUCAAUGAAACAGACCAGACCGCGCGGUGGAAAUAACAACACACACAACAUUAUUGCGUCUCAUCGAAAGUUCCAAGACAUGGCUGACAAUGUUUCCAAAGUCGAGAGCACACUUUUGGUCCACCAAAGUAGCAAAUCUACCAAAGAGGACUGGUUUCGCAUUCUGGCCCAAAGCUAUCAGCUGAGUGGAUGGAGUUAUUCAGAGCUUUGUGAACAUAACUACACUGUUGCAAGUAAACUUAUGAUGCACGAACAUGCGCAGACAUGGUCUGUCUUGAAAACGCUGUAUGGCAUGACCGGGGGAUCUGGAACUUCAUCUGCAGCACUAGGAUCCAACCCCAAGAGUCCUCUUGCAGCCGGAAGUCAUGGCAGUGGUGGAGGUCAGAGCACGACGGGAAAUCCUGAACCUCUAAGUGUUGGAGUCAGUACACAAAGUAAUAUUCAGACUUCCUCAGCCAAUCACAAAUCAUCAGCUGAGCCAACAGUGACGCAAAACGUUAUACCAGCGUCUGAAACACAAGACGAUAAUAAAGACUUAUCGUCGACAAGCAGCGAAAAUGAAAACGCGAAGUUGAUGAAUUUUGAAGGCCAAGAAUUUACAUUCAACGAUUUUGAUCACGAUGAACUUCAGUUCCACUACGAUGGCCCAAUCACUCUCGCAGAUGCUCCACAGGAAUGGAAGCUAGCCAGCGAAGCUUUUGAACCUAGAGCAGCGCUGGACGAUAGACCCACUUUUCCAACCAUGGAUCAAGAAACAGAUAGACCCGACUCACCUACCAGCAAUAUAGAGUCUGAAGCAACCUCGGCCACGAAUCCAAAGUCCUUGAUUGAUUCAAGUCUCGAAAAUCAAGGAUCUGUUUCCCCCUCAAACAAAACGUUGUCUCUUCCCGAGUGGGAUUUUACACCACUAGUUGUGGAAAUGCUUCAUCACUUUGCAGAUGAGGGAGACGUGCAAAUGUGCGUUUCUGCGUUGAUUGUCCUCGGAGAGAAAAUUCGUAAUAAUAUUGACGAACAAACUCAAGAACAGUGGCUUUUGGCUUAUAUUGAUUUACUUGGCCGUCUGCAGCUGUGGUCGGUGGCAAAUCAAAUUAUUAAGCUGUCCAGUCUGCCUGCAGUCAGCACAUUAAACCAGGAAUCAACAACAGUGUAUACGUCUUGUGGGCGUUGUUCCAAACCGUUGACCAAGUCAGGCUGGUAUUGUGAAAGAUGUCGAAGUCUUGUGUUCCCGUGCUCAGUGUGUCAUCUGAUGGUGAAAGGUCUUAACGUGUGGUGCCAAGGCUGUGGCCAUGGCGGCCAUCUUACUCACAUGCAGGAGUGGUUUGAAAAAUAUAUCUGGUGUCCUGCGGGCUGUGGGCACAUGUGCGAGUACACGUGACCAAAACAGAGAAGAAACAUUACGACUAGAAGAAACGCGCGAGAGGAAAGGUGGAACACAUAUCAGAGCCUUUUUCGGAACCCAUAAUGUUUAAAGUAACUUGAAGGAUCGAGUGAAAUGAUUUCCGAUUUGUAUUCACUCCCACAGAAGACAUCAUCCAGGUCGCGAGCGUUCUGUGGUAGUUCGGUAGUCAUUCUUCAGAAACGAAUGACUCGAGUUGUUGGUGCCCAACACUGGAUGACGUUUAUAGGACAACUCAUCGACCCCUUUUGUAUGGGAAAACCUUUGGAGAUUAUAUUCAAUCGAUAAAGUCGGCUUGUAUCUACCUUGACUUGGGAUAGGGUCACAUUUAUGAAACACAUACGUGAAAGAAUUAUUACCACAAACUGUUAAAUAAAAUCACUGUCGAUUCAGCA